GGUCUCACCAGGAAAUGCUUCUCAUGUCAUCAGACGUGAGAGAUGCCGAAGAAAACAUAUUACAAUUAAAAUUCGAAAUGCAUUGCUUGUUAAGUGUAACAUAUCACGUAUUACUCGCCUUUACUGUGGACGUGUUCCUCUUGGCAACCCAUGGAAUCGCCGGUAAAAUGAAGAUAGUCGAGGCGCCGAAUACCUUUGGGGUGAACAACAAUUUUCUGUCUCAAGGAAGCAGACUGCAGGCUAAAGUCCUUCCAUCGCCAGUGUCUGGACCUUCACACCUUUUUCAUUUGGCUGGAAGAUGUUUCAGUCUCACACAAUCAGUGUAUAGAUACGAGCUGUGUCCAUUUCACAACCUCACCCAACAUGAACAGUCAUUCCGAUGGAACGCUUACAGCGGGAUCCUGGGGAUCUGGCACGAGUGGGAGAUGGCAAACAACACUUUUACAGGCAUGUGGAUGAGAGACGGCGACACUUGUGGCACCAGGAACAGAGAAGCAAAGGUGCUUCUUGCCUGCAGCAGCCAAACCAAACUUGCUCAAGUCUCAGAGCCGAGCACUUGUGUGUACUCGCUAACUUUUGAGACGCCACUCGUUUGCCACCCGCAUUCUCUUUUAGUGUACCCAACAUUAAGUGAGAAGCUGCAAAAGGAAUGGGAUGAAGCCGAGCAGGCUCGCUAUGAAGGCCUUGUCACUGAGCAAGGAUACAACAAUCUGGUCAGGGAUGUGUUUGAGGACGCCGGCCUUCUCAAAAGUCAAAAUGCGGCCAGGAAGCCAGCCCGGGUCGAAGCCGAAGUGGAAACGCACAACUCUUUACAGAAAUGUAACGAGGACUUCCGUAAGCAGCGAGAAGAGAUUGCGAGACUGCGAGCCCUGCUCACUCAUCACAAUAUUGCCUUCGAUGCACAACCAGACGAGACAAAAGGGGCCAAGACGACAGCGGAGGCACAGCGCUUGCGUGGCGACGUUGGCCUUUUGGAGAUCGCUGAGCAGGACGCCGCGUGAGCAACGGGACGGAUUAGCGACGUCCUUCAACGGGACUCUGCGGAGAGGACGCCGAUCUGAAAUGGGAGACUGAAAACUUUUAAAUGAGAGCCGUUUUUCUUUUUAAUGUCUCUUAUCGUUAUGGAAAAUUAUUUCCCCAAGAUGUCCUGGAUGAAGACGUUGAAAUCACUUUAGAAAUGUGCAAGGAGGACUUUUAGAAAUGGCUCGGUGGGAAUGACAAAAUGGAAUAUUUUAUCGUGUCAGAUGCUGUUCGCCAUUCACGCCGAGUGCAGCAAGUAAAAUACUGAAAAACAACAAUGGAGUCCGCACAUUUCACAAACAAAUAUCCUGAGAGGGAAUUGUUGCCAAAAAGUACUCCUGUAGUUUUCUAAAUGAGGUGAAAUGCCAUCAUGGAAUUGAAAGGUCUU